UAACUAUAAUAACUCGCGCCGAUUUCUGCCUGAAUACCUGGCAUCCUCACCAGCUUUGCAUACAUUGGGCCCAAGUUCUUUUAAAAUGGCAUCGAAAAAUAAGAUCAACAAGCCACAAGUAGCAGCGAGGGAGCGCUAUCCUCCCGCCCCUCCAGCUGAGUUCUACCACGCUCCAAAAGUCACACGUACUGGAGCCAAAAAGAAUAGUGAGAAUAACAUUUUGGUCCAAAAAGCCACUCCAGGCAUCGCGGGCGCAACUCAGAAACGCCCACCAAAAAUGAAACCCAGGCGACGCCCUCCCCCUAUAGAUUUGAACGCAUCUGCACAUACCUCGCGCUCACCACUCGUGAAAUCACCAAACCCUGUCACCCCGAAACGCCAGACCCAAUCCACACUAUCUUUCGUCCCGGUAUCUGUAUUCACUCCCGUGUGCGAACCAGCACCAAAGAAAAAGUCCUUGAAAGCUAAAGCUGCCGGCCGAGCUCAGCCAAAAACCCGUCCGCAGUCUCGCUCGGAAGACAGCGACUUUGGUGUCGAGAUACUUCCGGACUCCCCAGUCUUUCCCAAGACUGAGUUGAAAGAGAGCAUGAGGACGUAUGCAGAGGUGGCGGGAGGUAGUCGAAAGACUGAUGGGCGGCCGAAACCAGUAGUCGAGUGGGAUAUUGAAUCCAAAGAAGAGUUUGUCAUUGUUGAAAAUCUUGGGCUGGAAGAAGAAUAUGAGAGAGGUGGUAGGUGGAAGUGGACUCUAUUUGGCAGACGUGUGUGAGUGAAUGAAAGUUCAAUAUCAAUCACCAAGUAGCUAGUCGCC